AUUUUCAGAUGUAUAUUAUAAUUGAAAAUUUGUCAUUUUCAUUUUUUUUAAUGUACACGAUUAGUUUAUCUCGCUGAUAUGAGUUAAAUUUCAGUUAAAUAUCUAUAUUUGCGUAAUUAUGUUGAAGCCCAGAAAUUUUUCUAUAUAAACAAUUAAACAUUUUAAUUGUAUUGAUCUUGGAUCUCAAAAUGAAUAUUAUGCGAAAAUUACGUGGUGGGAGCGGAGCGCAUCAAGAAAUUGCUGACAAUGGAUCUUCAGGACAUACACAACUAGGAUUAAUGCAUCUUAAGAAGUUAUAUACAGAAUAUAGUCAUCCGAGUCAUCCCCUCACUGAAUCAGAACGAGAUGAUAAACUUUAUAAUAUGCUACCUCUAUUUUGCAAAGUUUUUGAGUCUAGUCCAGCAUAUGAUAUGAGUGAAAAAUUUUGGGAUGUACUAUCAUUUACGCAACAAGUAUCCCGAUUAAUUGUGUCAGAAAUACGAAAAAGAGCCUCUAACCAAAGUACUGAGACUGCUAGUUGCGCUAUUGCCAGAUUCUUAGAAGCCGAAAAUUAUGAAGAAUGUAGUAAUGGAUGGAUGCUUCUCAGUGCUUUAAAUAUAUUGGCUGCUGGAGAUCAUACUUUGAUACAAGUCAUGACAAAUUCUUCAGUACCAUCUACUUUAGUGAAAUGUUUGUAUCUUUUCUUUGAUCUACCAGAAAUUGUAGUAUCGGUUUCUGAUGUAAAAUCAACUGAUGGAAAUAUUCCAUUACAUGAAAGAAGAUCUAUGCUACAAAAAAUAUUUGCACAGGUUUUAGUUCGUUUGUGCAGUCAUUCUUUUCCAGCAGAAGAACUAGCCAGAAUGGAUGAUUUAACUUUGUUAUUUUCUGCCAUAACAUCAGUUUGUCCACCUCAUAAUGUUAUGUGGAGAAAAUCUGCUGCUGAAGUGUUAACAACAUUAUCUCGUCAUGGGUUAACACAAUCUGUUGUGAACUACAUUCAUAAUAAAGGCUGUGUAGCGCUAUGCAUUGAUAACAUGCAAAGAGUUCCAGAGCUCUCCCCUUUGGAAUUAGUUGAAAUGUUUGUUUCGGUUUUCUGCUUUCUGAAGGAUUCAAGUGAUGUUUCUCAAAUGUUAUUGGAGGAUUUUAGAGCAUGUCACGGAUACUUGUUUUUAUCAGAAUUUUUACUAAAGUUAGAACAAGAGAGAGAAAAAUGUGCAGAGGCAAAUGCAGCAAUACGCAAUCUAGUGCUUAUGGUUGCUUCUUUAUGUAUGUGUGGUUUUAAUGAACUCAAACCUAGUCAAACAGCUGUUGGUUCUUUAUUUCAACUUUCUGGGUUUACGCUUCCUCAACCUACUGGCUCAGGAGUCAGCGUCAGGAACAUUCAAGCAUUUCAGGUUCUUCAAACAGUAUUUAUCAAAUCAACAAGUACAGCAUUAUGCUGUACCAUACUUGAUGCAAUUUCUAGUGUGUAUCAUUCUGAUAAUGCAAAUUAUUUUAUUCUGGAAAGUCAAAAUACAUUAAGUCAAUUUACAGAAAAAAUACACUAUAAGACUCCACAGAUUCAGGAAAAGUUUUUUGAUAUCAUAGAGUUUAUAGUAUUUCAAUUAAAUUUCGUGCCAUGUAAAGAGUUAAUAUCUAUGUCAUUACUACUUAAAAGUAACAAUUCAAGCAGUUGCAGUAUUAGAUGUAUAAAAACCUUGCUCAAUAUUCUAAAGCAUAAUUCUAUAUUUAAAGAUGUAUAUAGAGAAGUGGGUAUGUUAGAAGUAUUUGCAACAUGUUUAACUAGAUAUUCCAGUUUUUUGAGUGAGAAAAGAUCAUCAAUUGUUGGAAAUAUUGAGGAACAUGAACAAUUAGGAGUGUUAACCAUGGAAGCUCUUACCAUAUUAUUAAAUGGAAAUACAAAUAAUGCAAAUGUAUUCAGAGAAUGUGGUGGAGCAAAAUGUGUUCAUGCUAUGGUGAUGCAUUCUGGGUGCAGAAGUCAGGUUUUAGGCAUUAUUAGAGAAUUAAUGUUAAAUAUUGGAGGUGAUGAUGAUAUGGCAACUCUGUUAGGAACACUACAUUCAUCUCCAGCUGAUGCUUUAGUACUUAAAGGACAUAUUUUAAAAGCAUUGUUAAGUUGUCUCAGAGAUUCUCAUAGAACUCGCACAGUUUUUAGAAAGGUUGGUGGAUUUUUAUAUGUAACAAGUAUUUUAGUAUCUUUGGAUGGAAAGUUAGCCGAGGAUAAAUAUAACUCAGAACUAAUAAAAUUACUUUAUACUGUAUUUUACACAAUCAGUACAGCUAUGAGAUUUGAACCUGCCAAUGCUAAAAUAUUUCAUAAUGAGAUUUGCAUGUCUAGUCUUUCUGAUACCUUACGUUUAUUGGGCUGUUUUAGCAGCGAUCAAUUUAUAAAUGAAAGUAAAGAAUCAAUAUCUCAUAAUCUUAGUGGGACUUUUCAUCAGUUAUUUACUGGAAAUUUAUUGGAGCCAGUAUUGCAACCAAGUAUUCCAAUGCCCUUAAAUAAUUGUUGUAUAAUUAUGAGAUUUCUAUAUGAUGUAGCUCUGGAUUCAUUUGAUAAACCAAAUUUUUCUGCUAUCAAGUCCCCAAAUUUUGUGAGGCCUAAUAUAUCGCAAGAGUCAGUGGAUUUACCUGGAAAUUUGUCACGGUCAAAUGUAAGUUCUCUGGAUUUAACUCCUCCUGCUCCGGAACCGGUUAUCAUACAUCCUGGAGUUGUCAUAGUCAUGAUACAACUUUUGCCCUCUUUGAAAAAUGAAGAUAAUCCACAACUGGCUUUAGUUCUUCAAUGCUACAUUGCAGAAGUUAUUAAAUCUCUUGUGAGGAGUGAAAGAAAUCAGCAAGUGAUGUGUGAAGCAGGCUUGGCCUGUAAAUUAUUGAGUGUAUGCAGAUUAGCAUUAGAAGAUGAAGAUCAUCCAUUACAUGUACCAUUGCAGUAUAUGCUUGAAAGAUUAGCAGCACAAUCUUUGGAGCCAAAAGAUUUGCGAGAGUUUUUGAGAUUGGGGAGUCCAUUGCAGUGUGUUCUUCCAACGCAGCGUACAGCUUUAGAUUUUGGAGGUCCUGUUCCUUUAACGAGAAUUAAAACUUUGGUUUCUAUGACAACUCCAAAAGAUUUUCGUGCUCAUGGAUCUUGCACAAUGCCACCUUUUGUUGAAAUGGAUAUGUCGGCUGAAGGAUUUGGUUGUCUUUACCUGCCAAGUAUUGCUCCACAAAAUGCUGUUAUACCAAGUGUAGUACAAACAGGCGAUGCAACAAUAAUUGGCGGCAUUGGUGGAGGGGAUAGAAUAUUUCCACCCCAAACUGGUUUAUCAUACUCAGCAUGGAUUUGUGUGGAUAAAUUUUCAGAUCCUAGAACUGAUCCACACUGUGUCCGUUUAUUAACUAUUGUCAGAGGUCUUAACAAUGCUCGUGAUGAUAAUCUUGUUUGUUUAGCCGUUGUUUUGUCUGCCAGGGAUAAGGCAAUAAUAGUUUCUACACAUGAAACUAUUGUACCACAUAAUGUAGGAGAAUGGGAACCAGAAGGUACAGGAGAAUUUGGUGUUCGAGUUUGGUGCCCCGAUCUUUUACAUGAGGGCCAGUGGCAUCAUUUAGUAAUAGUAUUAAAUCGAGCAGUUUUAAAAAAUUCUUCAUUUUCCUUGUAUUUGGAUGGGCAGCAUAUGCACACACAAAAGUUGCAUUACAUUGCUCAAAAUCCUGGAGGUGGACCUUCCAAUUUAAAUUCGCCAUGUUCUGUUUUUGCAUAUAUUGGUACACCACCUGCUUGGCGCAGAUAUUCAAAACUGUGCUGGAAACAGGGUUCUUGUCAUCUUGUGGAAGAUGUUUUGAGUGCCCAAAUUGUUAUGACUUUGUAUCGCUUGGGGCCGCAUUACAUGGGAUCAUUGCAGGCCCCUGAACUUAGUAAUUUGUCAGAAGGAGCAGCUCCGCUUGUUGCUGAGGAGAAAGUAGUUUUUGGAUUAAAUGCUCGAGCAAUGACACAACUCACUUUAGCCAAGAUAAGAAAAAUUUACAGCAGAGCAGAUAAUAAAGCUAUUGCGAAGCAAUUGGGUAUGUCGUCACAUGAAAAUUAUACACCAAUUAAAAUUCUGCACAAUUCUGCAGGCCAUUUGGUGGGAUCAGCCAGAAGCUUGGGUGGUGUUGUAGUUGGCUAUUUGGGUGUCCGUGUUUUCUGCCCUAGACCUGUAGCAACCAUGGUUGACACAGUUGGAGGUUGUUCUGUUCUGUUGGGAGUAAUUGCUAUGGCACAAGAUAUUGAAAGUCUUUAUGCGGGUGUGAAGGCUACAGUGUGUGUUGUAAGAUCUAACAAAACAGCUCAAAUGGAAAUGGAUAGAGGUAGAGGCUAUCAGACUCUAGCAAUGCUCUUAAGAAGGAAGAAACAUCUGCUUAAUUCACACAUUCUUCAUCUCACAUUUAGUCUAGUUGGUACUGUAGAUAGUGGAAGAGAAACUUCUGCUAUUCCAAAUAUUAUCGCCUUUCAGGAUUUGUUGUGUGAUCUUGAUGUGUGGAAUGAAGGCCCUCCCGGUGAUUUACUAAGGUCUCUAUUAGAACACCUUUAUGAAUUAGCUGCUGAAUCUAGUGAAAAAAGAACAAAUUUGAAAAUCAUGCGGGAUUUGCAACUUGUGACAAAAUUACUUCACAUAAUGGGCGAUGUGCAAGUUGCAUCAACUCGACAAGUAUUGUUUUCGUUAUUAUCAGUUUUACUUAGUGGUCAGCCUAAAGCAAGUGAUUUAUUAAUUUUUGGACAGUUUAUUGCUUCCAUGCUACCUUGUCAAUUACAAGUAACUGAAAAGAGAGAUAAUGAAAACGAAAUUGAAGAAGAAAAUAUUGUAUUAAGAAAUAAAUGUUUACAGAUUCUACAUUCUUUAUUAUUUACUAUUAGAAAUACUGUAAAUCAUCUUUUAUGCGAAGAAAUUGCCCGGGUUUUGGGUUUUGAUUGGAUAUUACUAAUGCUUCAACCAAACUUGCAUUCCUCAACUGUUGUUUGUGGUCUAAGAAUCUUAUUGGUGUUAUGUUCAAAUGCAUCAUUAGUUCACAGAUUUAGGGAUGGAGUCAGCAAUGGUGGGUGGUUGCGGUACACUGAAUUAGUUGCACAAAGCAAAACUUCUGUGGUAUUAGGGAGCAAAGUAAAUCAAAUGAUAACUGAUCAUCGAGAUGUCAAGUUUGAUGCAUUUCAUGUGCCAGGCUUUCAACAUCUUUGUUGGCUCUUGCCCCAUCAUUUAGAAGUGUCUAGUUUAUAUUUCUUACUUACUGCAUUAAUGCUUGGACAACCAAUUAAACAUUUACCAGCUGAUACAAAGUUUACUUUGAGUACCCUGUGGGAAUUUUUAUGGGGCUUAUCAUUGUCUACACAACCUGUGAGUUCAGUAGCCUCAAAGGUGAACAUAUCACUUGAAGCAACGGUUUGCCUUCUGGUAAUGGUUAAAAGUGUUGUACAUAGUGAACCAAAUUCUAUUCCUGAAUGGCUUCUUGAUUAUCCAGUUGCAAUUAUUCAGGUUUUAUUUUCUUUAUACCACAAUCUCCCAGAUUUUAUGUUGAUCAUAAUGUCUGUUGAGGUAAUAAAUGUGAUGGCUUCGAUUUUAUUUCCCAUGCCAUUGUCAAAUUCAAAUAGUGAAAGGAGUUCUGGUGCUUCAACCCCUCAUGAGGAGUCUGCAAAUUCAGAUGGGCCGAUUCAUGUGCAGAUAACAGAAAAAUCGCAACCAUUAACUGAACAUCCUGUCAGAAAAUUUGUAAUGGAUUUUUUUAGAGUGAUUAUUGUUGAUUCUUUGACAUUGACAGUUACAGGAAAAUCAGCACCUGUUAUCGACUUAGUGUUAGACGCAUCACCUGAUCAUUCAUCCUCAUCGCAACAAACUACUUAUCAAAGUGAAGUUUUAUCAACAGUCAUGGAACAUCUACUGACCGCCGAAAUGUUUGUGGGCGAACAGUCUACAUUGCCAAUAAUUCCUUUGGCUCAAUCCAGUUCUCAAAAUGUAGCUCCUAAUGUGUUUUAUCUCACAGCAAGAAUAGUAGAUAAAAUGUGGCAAGGAAACUUAACGAAGGACCCUCAUGAAGUAUUUGACUUUGUAGUAAAAUUAAUUAUGCAAAGCAAAAAGAGAUCUAAUACAUUUAAUAUUGAAGGAUUGUAUCAUUGUUUAAACCGAAUAAUUCUAUAUUUAUUGUCCAGAGCUACUGAUUCAGUGGCUGAUCAAAUGUCAGUAUUGGAGGCAUUGCAUAAACUAACAACUCAUAGGCUUUUGAUUUUUGGAGCAGGCAAUCAUGAAUUAGAUUUUAUAGGAUGUUUGACUUAUUGUUUACUUCAGCUGACAGCAGAUAUGAGAAUAAUGCUAGAUACUGCCAUGCGUACGACAUGGCAUGUGAAUCCUACUAGUGAACUGGAGUGUAGAGAUGAUCGUUUGAAUCAGCAUCAGGGUAGAAAUUUAAUGGCUGGUGCAGCUUUGAGGGUUUGGGAAGAAUUAUAUGUAUGCAAAAAACCUGCUAUAGAAGAAGUGUUCAAGGCGUCUUUACCUCAACCAGUUGGCAAUUCAAGAGCACCAGAUUUAGUAGCUGUACGAGACCAGGUUUUUGAAUCUGCAGUUAAAUUAUGGUUGAACUAUAUAGAUGCUGAACGCAAAGCUACAUACAGAGUUCCUUGGGAAUUACAUAAUCACUUACAAUCUAAAAUACAAAAAGUAACUGGAGGGCUGACAAGACUUGCUAGCAGAACUAAAGUGAAAAAAGAAGAAACAACAAAAGUUCGUGUAAAAAUUUCACAGAGCCAAGUGAUGGCAUGGACACUAAGUCAUAUAGGACUAGUUAGGGAUCUGAUUGAAAUGCGUCGUGCUCAACAUGUGCACACAAAUUCGCAUACUCAACGUUACGUGCAUCAGGAAUGGCAGCAGACUGAAAUUGAAUUAACUAGAGAACGCGGUCUUUGGGGUCCCACUUUACCGCCUCCCUUUAGUAAAUGGAUGUUGGACAUGACUGAAGGACCUUGUAGAAUGCGAAAAAAAAUGAUGAGAAAUGAUAUGUUUUAUAUCCAUUAUCCUUAUCGCCCCGAAUUGGAAUUGCCUGAUAAUCGACAAUUAAAAUACAAAGUUGCUACCAGCUUAGACAGCAAGAAAUACUUUCUGCAAUAUCAAAAAUAUCAUCAUAGUCUUUUUGAGCCAGAGAAAUCAACCAGUAUUGAAUUAAAUGCUGACAGUGGUAUAUUAAAUUCAAAUUCUACUGGCAAUGCUAUUGCCCUAUGUCAUGAAAACAAUAACUCGAAUGAUAAUCAACAUAUGAAUCCAAUGGCCUUGACUAGGCAUCAAUCAGAACCCAAUGAAGAUGCUGAAGAUACAGAAGAAGAAGAACAAGUUCCCAUUCCUGAUAAUCAAACUUUAUUAAGGUUAUUGGAAUAUGAUGAAAAGGUCAGUUAUAUGUUCCGAUGCGCGCGUAUUCAAGGUUUGGAUACCGUCGAAGGCUUACUUUUAUUUGGCAAAGAGCACUGUUAUGUUAUUGAUGGAUUUACCUUACUUAAAAAUAGAGAAAUAAGAGAUAUCGAUGGUUUAUCUGCUGAUGUAUAUGAACCGAUACUUCCAAAUCCAAAUACUUCUAAAACAUCUACCUCAACAAUACGGCAAUGCUCCAAAUUUUCAUAUGACGACAUAAGAGAGGUUCAUAAAAGACGUUAUUUGCUUCAACCUAUGGCAUUAGAAGUAUUUUCUGGUGACGGUAGGAACUAUUUGUUGGCAUUUCCACGAAAAGUCAGGAACAAAGUGUAUCAGAGAUUCAUGGUAACUGCUACGGAGAUAUCUGAUUGUGCCCAACAAUCUGUGGCUGGUCAAAAAAGAACGGCCAAUGUAGAACAAGCGGCGGGGUUGCUUAGUAAUCUGAUUGGGGAGACCUCGGUCACGCAACGAUGGGUGAGAGGAGAGAUAUCAAAUUUCCAAUAUUUAAUGCAUUUAAAUACAUUAGCUGGACGUUCCUAUAAUGAUCUUAUGCAAUAUCCUGUAUUUCCAUGGAUUUUGGCCGAUUAUGAUUCUGAGGAAUUGGAUUUAACAAAUCCAAAUACAUUUCGUGAUUUCUCCAAACCCAUGGGUGCCCAAAGUUUCGAUCGAUUGGAGCAGUUUAAGAAAAGAUAUAAGGAAUGGGAUGAUCCUCACGGCGAGACUCCUCCUUAUCACUACGGCACACAUUACAGUAGCGCUAUGAUUGUGUGUUCGUACUUAGUUCGAAUGGAGCCUUUCACGCAACACUUUUUGCGCCUACAGGGCGGACAUUUCGAUCUGGCAGAUCGAAUGUUUCACAGCAUGAAAGAAGCCUGGUUGUCUGCCUCUAAAAACAAUAUGGCUGAUGUCAAAGAACUGAUACCAGAAUUUUUCUAUUUGCCAGAAUUUUUAUGCAACUCAAAUCAAUUUGAUUUAGGUUCUAAACAGAGUGGAGUGUCAUUAGGUGAUAUAGUUUUACCACCGUGGGCCAAACAAGACCCUCGAGAAUUUAUAAGAAUGCAUCGCUUAGCCUUGGAGUGCAAUUAUGUUAGUCAGAAUUUACAUUUAUGGAUUGAUCUGAUAUUUGGACAUAAGCAACAAGGGCAAGCAGCUGUAGAUGCUGUUAAUGUGUUUCAUCAUUUGUUUUAUGAAGGCAAUGUUGAUAUAUAUAAUAUUGAUGAUCCUCUGAAAAAGAAUGCUACUAUAGGAUUUAUAAAUAAUUUUGGACAAAUUCCUAAGCAAUUGUUUCGUAAACCACAUCCAUGCAAGAAGAUGACUAGUAACAGAAAUUCAGUAUUAGAUCCUGGGCCACUGCAUUCAACUUUUAGUCCUUCUCUUAUAACUGAUAAAUUAUUCUUUCAUAAUUUAGAUAAUUUAAAGCCAUCUCUUCAACCUAUUAAAGAAGUCAAAGGAGAAGUAGGUCAGAUACUCCAACCUGAGAAGACGGUUCUGGCUGUAGAACAGAAUAAAGUUUUAAUCCCACCAUCAUACAAUAAAUAUGUUGCUUGGGGGUUUGCCGAUCAUUCCCUGAGGAUUGGACAUUAUGAAAAUGAUAAAGCAGUUUUUGUUUGUGAAUCUGUAGUUCAAAACAGUGGAGAAAUUAUGGCAUGUGUUUGCCCAUCGCCAAAAUUAAUUGUUACAGCCGGAACCAGUUCGGUUGUGACUGUUUGGCAAUACGAAUCACGGCGCAAACAAUUGAGUGUUAAACAGAGCUUAUAUGGUCAUACUGAUGCAGUUACAUGUUUAGCUUCAAGUUCUGCAUAUAAUGUUAUAGUUUCUGGUUCUCGUGAUGCUACAGCUAUUGUUUGGGAUUUGUGCAGAGGUAUUUUUGUCCGUCAACUAAUUGGUCAUGUGGGACCAGUUGCUGCAGUUACAGUGAAUAAUCUUACGGGAGAUAUUGCGACAUGUGCCGCCACUUGGUUGCAUGUCUGGAGUAUUAAUGGUGAUGAAUUGGCCUGCGUGAACACUUGCGUUGGUCGUGCUGAUAGAAUGCAACAAAUUCUAUGUGUCGCCUUUUCACAAACACAUGAGUGGGAUGCUUCAAAUGUUAUUAUGACAGGAUCCACUGAUGGCGUUGCUAGAAUGUGGUCUAUGGAAUAUGUACAGGUUCCAUGUGUGGAUCCAAAUGAUGAAGACGUUCUGAAGGAUAACUUUUUGGAAUCCCAAACAAAGACUGAAAUAAAAAUUGGUGAUUCAAUCAAUAAAUCCGGAUCUGAAAGCAGUUUAUCAGAUUUAUGCACUGAUACAACAAGCAAAGAGGCUAAAACUUUUCAUGAAGAGAAAGAAACAUGCAGUGAUGAUGAAAGUGCAACACAGAUGCAAGAAGCAAGUAAACUGGAAAAGAAUUUGUCAAAUGAUUUAAUUGAAGCGCAUACAAAAUCAGAUGAAGGGGAGAAAAUUAUUCAACCAGACCCUGUUGUAAUGAGAAGGAAAUCUCGUGCUAAUCCAAUGUAUAGAAAAUCUGAAUAUGGAGGUAGAUCUGAUACAGAAUAUGUAAAUAGUGUAGACAAUGAAGCAUCACGCUCAUUGGACUCAGAACCAACCUCUGGCUCGACAAUGAGAUCUAGUAAAUCAGAUACUAGUCUCACGGAUUCAUUUGUUGUAGUAGACAAUGAUAAACCAAAAGUUCAAAAUCAGGAAAAUAUACUGAGGGAGGGAUUUAAAUGGCAAAGGCAACUAGUGUUUAGAAGCAAAUUAACAAUGCAUACAGCUUACGAUAGAAAAGAUAAUACUGAACCAGCCAGUGUGACAGCAUUGUCAGUUUCAAAAGAUCACCGCUCUCUCUAUGUGGGGGAUGCUAGAGGCAGGAUAUUUUCUUGGAGUGUGGCAGAACAGCCUGGUCGUGGUAUGGCAGAUCAUUGGCUCAAAGAUGAAGGAGCAGAUUCAUGUAAUGGAUGUCAAAUAAGGUUCACUAUAUACGAACGAAAACACCACUGUCGUAACUGCGGCCAGGUUUUUUGCAGCAAAUGCAGCCGAUUUGAAUCUGAGAUAUCGCGUCUUCGGAUUCUUAGACCAGUACGCGUCUGUCAGAAUUGCUACGGAUUGCUCAAAAAGUCUCAGAAAAUUAAAUAAAUCAAGUUAAUUAUUUAAUUAUCAGUACUGUCAUUAGUGGCAAAUUUACCAGUAGGGAGACCAUGAAUAUAUGCUCAUACACAGACCAAA